UAUGCUGCAAUGUGGUUCUCCAUGGCUGCUUCAACUUCAACUGCUACUUCCUCCCUUAUCUGCAACAUUUCACUCACCUUUAACUUCCCACACACACUCAUACCCUCGAAACCCCUCAAUCUCAACCCCCAACUAUUCUUUGCUUCUCCCCUCUCACUCUCACUUUACCAUUUCCCCCUCUCUUCACUUUCCUUCCAAGACACUCAAAAACCCCUUCAACGCGAAACCUUCCAAAAACCAGAGCCGAAUGCGUCACAUACAAACCAAUCCUCCAGACUCUUUGUGGGAAACUUGCCUUACUCAUUGCUCUCUUCCCAGUUGGCUCAGCGGUUCGGAGAGGCUGGCAAUGUUGUAUCCGUGGAGAUUGUGUAUGAUGACAUCAUGGAUAGAAGUAGAGGGUUUGCGUUUGUUACAAUGGGGAGCAUGGAGGAUGCUGAACGAGCGAUUCGAAUGUUUGAUGGCUCUGAAAUUGGAGGUAGAAUUAUGAAGGUAAACUUCACAGCGAUACCCAAAAGAGGCAAACGGCUAGUAAUGGGUUCAAACUAUAGAGGCUUUGUAGACAGCCCUCACAAGAUUUAUGCUGGAAACCUUGGUUGGGGUCUGACUUCACAAGAUCUUAGGGAUGCCUUUGCUGAGCAGCCUGGCUUCCUGAGUGCCAAGGUCAUCUAUGAAAGGAACAGUGGAAGGUCUAGGGGAUAUGGGUUUGUCUCUUUUGAAACUGCUGAGGAUGUAGAGGCUGCUUUGAAUUCUAUGAAUGGUGUGGAGGUUCAAGGCCGGCCCUUACGGCUGAAUCUAGCUACAGAUAAGAAUACUUCAUCUCCUCUGGUAAUUCAUUAAAAUACAGGAAGUAAUGUUGAUAGCAUGGAAAUGCCAUCUAGUGUCAUCACAUGAGGAUUAACACAAAUCCCAAUUUGGUGGUGUUACAUUCCUUGCCGUUGACUAUCAUCUUUGCUGACAAGGACGAUUAAUGUGAGAAGGCCAACAAGAUUAGUAGCAUGCCGGAGUUAUCAUUGUUGUUGGAUAUCCUCCUUGAUGUCCCUUCUAUCAAGCUUGGUUUGUUGAAAAAGACAAGGACGAAAACCUCUUGGAAGACAAUCCUCCUUACCAUCAGAAACAAGAUAACUUUGUUAAUUGUCACCAUUGCCAUCGAGUAUUGUUCUUGUGUGAGAAGGCCAACAACGCUAGAAGCAUACUUUGUUAUCGUUGACUAUUUUGCUUCCCUCACUUCUUUCAGGAUUGAUUUGUCACUCAAGAUAGGUACAAAAACCUCUUGGAAGAUGAUCCUUUAUCUUCAUUAAUAAGGUCUUGUUCAAUUAAAGGAGAUUGGGUGCGAAGUCUGAGUGAAGAGAAGAAAAGUCCAAGAAGGUGAAAACUGAAAAGUCAAAGUUUUUAGAAGUUGAGCUCGAAGGAGACCAGCACCCAGCGCUUAGUGUUCAGAGAAGGUGGCUUUUAAGUUUUUUAUAAGCACCAUGUGUAACAUCCCUUGUUACGUUACUUCAAAAGCAUACAUAAAAUGCUUUCUACUUAAUUUUAAUAAAACUCUUAUUUAAUUUAGUCAUCAAAAUCCAUGUGAA